AAUUGUUUGUUGUGGCUUAGUCAAACUGGAUAUAACAGUAUAAAAAAUGUUGAAAGAAGUUUUUGUUUUAUCCUAGUUUAAUUGAAUGAUUGAGUACUAACAUAAAACAAACUUGACGUUCAAAUGCAGUUUUACCCGUUAUAUACAUGUUUAUUAACAUUCAAAUAAUUUGCAAAAAACUUUUUUGUUUUAAAAAGCUUUCUUAAAAUAUUGCAUCCAUAAGAAGAAUCUCCAUAAAAAGAAGAAUUUCCAUAAGAUUAUUGUAAACAAGAAAAAAGCAGUAAAAGGCAAAAUGUUGUUUCAAUGAAAUAGACUGGAGGACCUCAGUGAAUUAUAAGUUCAAGCAAUCAUUAAAGUAGCAUAAAGCUCAAGCAAUCAUUAAAGCAGCUUAAAAAUAAUCCUGAAUACUUUACAAUAAAUCCAAGUUUUUUUGAAUCCACCAUAGUCUUGUGAUGGCUGCACAAUUGAGUACUGAUAAAUAGUGUGAUUGUAAAAAAUUUAAUAUUAAAUUGAAUACCGCCAAUGGGACUACAUAAAAAUAUGAAAAAUUCAUUUAGAAUGUUGAAAAUGAUACAAUUUCAUCUAUUUCAUUUUGGUAAUUCAACUAAGUUCACAUUCCAACUUUUUGGCAUUAAAGUUGUUUAUUGAAUAAAGGCAACAAUUGUUGGUUUUUUAAAGAUGUAUCUGCUGUUGCUGCUUAUUCUAUUCUAUGUGGAUGGUAAACCAAACAUAGUUAUAUUUAUUGCUGACGAUUUAGGUAUUGCUGACAUUGGUUGCUUUGGCAACAGUAGCAUUAAAACACCAAAUAUAGAUUAUAUUGCAAAGAAUGGCAUGAAACUGAUGCAUAAUUUAGCAGCAGAGUCGAUAUGUACACCAAGUCGUGCUGCAUUGUUAACUGGAAGAUAUGCAUUAAGGCUGGGGUUUGGUGCAUUUGAGGACGAUGCUAGCAGAGUGAUUCUUAGGUCAUCUAGCUCUUCUGGUUUACAGCCGACACAGAAAACAUUUGGUCGUGUCCUAAAAGAAAACAAUUUUACCACCGGUUAUUUUGGCAAGUGGCAUUUAGGUAUUCACUGCUGUAACAACAGUGAUUUUUCGCAUUUUCCUUUAAACCAUGGUUUUGAUUAUUAUUAUGGAUUACCAUUAACCAACAUACAAGAUUGCAGUGAUAUUGAUAACGGAGCUUAUGAAUUGGUGCCUCGUUUACCCUUUCCAAUAAGUAGAAUGUUUUUACCAACAAUUUGUGUUACAAUUUUUAUAUUAGUAAAAAGUAAAUUCAUUUGUAAAAGGUAUAUUGUUUUUCUCACAGCAACUUAUUUUAUUCUUUGGUGUUUAUUUAUUUUAUGGUGUAUGAUAGUUCGUUACACGAAUUGUUUUGUUAUGCGAAACCAUGAUGUAGUCGAACAACCUGUAGAUUUAUCUCAAUUUACAUCGAAGUUAACUAAAGAAGUUAACGGGUUCAUUGAAAAUAGUAAAAGAGUUCCUUUUCUUGCUGUUGUUGCAUAUCAUAAAGUUCAUUCAGCAUUAAAAACACAUCCAAAUUUUGUAGGACAUAGUAAACAUGGAAAAUAUGGCGAUAAUGUGGAAGAACUCGAUUACUCGGUCGGACUAAUUCUUGAUAAAUUGAAAGAACUUGAAGUGCUUGAUAAAACAUUCAUUUAUUUUACAUCAGAUCAUGGACCUGCGUUAUAUAUGAUAGUUAAUGGAGAAUAUCACGGAGGCUGGAAAGGAAGCUAUAGAGGUGGUAAAUCUUCCAGUUUUGAAGGUGGCAUAAGAGUUCCAACUGUUGUAAUGUGGCCUGGUAAGAUACCUAGCAACACACAAUACGCUCAUCCUACUAGUCUUUUAGAUGUUUAUCCGACUUUGAUGUCUAUUUCUAACAUACCGGCUUCUUCAAACCAAUUGUUAGAUGGUAUGGAUAUUUCACAUAUUUUGAGAGGUUUUAAUGUUGAUCCUCUCCCGAGAUUUUUAUAUCAUUAUUGCGGAGCGAAACUAGAGGCUGUUACUUAUACAACUAAUGAUGGCAAUGUUUGGAAAUUGCAUUAUCAAAUUCCGAAGUCUUAUAAUGAAAGUAAUUUUUGUGAUGGUUUAUUAUGUAAAUGUUUUGGUGAUAGUGUUUUAAAAUUACAAUCACCAGAACUAUAUAACCUAGUGAAAGACUAUUCAGAAUCUAAUUCAAUUUCAAGCAAAGAUGAAAAUUAUAGUAGUGUUCGUUCCACAAUUGAUAAAGCUGUAGCGAGUCAUAUUGAUUCUAUUAAACAUGUUGAGCGCCAGUUAUCGAAGGAAAAAAAUAGAUUUUCACUUGACAGACAAUUGUGGUGCAAUAAACCGUUUUGUAAUUUCUAAUGUUGCUUUUUUUUUUUUUCUCCAUUGUGAUAUCACUUCUUCGUUAUUUAAUGGUCAUUUAAAAUGAGCUUCUUAUCAAAGGUUUUGAAAAGCAAAAUCGAUAACAAAACAUCCUAGCUUUAAAGCUAGGAAAAAAGUACGGCAAAUAUCCGGCAAGAAAGUUAACCCCAAAAUGUAAAGAAAAUAAAUAAAUUAAAACAAGAA